AGGCCAGCCUACACUGUAAAAAAUGGCUGUGAAAUCUACAGUUAUUUACUGUCGAUUUCACAGUAACAUUACUGUAUAAGAUUUUUACAGUAAAAUAUUGUAAAGUUUACAGUAAGACUGUAAAAAUCACAGUAGUCCAAGCAUUACAGUUGAAAUCACAGUAGUCAAAGCAUUACUGUAAAAAAAUCACAAUUUAGCCACUAUAGUACUGUAAAUAGUAAAGUAAACUACUGUAAUUUUCCUUUUUUUAUCAUAUGUUUCUUUGUACCCCUUUUACAUGGACGGCUCCAGAUUAUUGUUGUUCAUAAUUCAUUACCGGAAUAUGAUGUAAAUACUCGAUGGUGAGCUUUAAGUAAAAGUGUAAUAUUAAUAAAUGAAAAUGUGUCAUGUAACUUGUACUCUGAUGCACCUGCUGCAGGUUUCUAUUCCAUACAAUAUAUAUUUUUUAAAGAAUUCACAUAAGAUUCCGAGAAUAUUUUUUGUUUGUUUGUUUGUUUGUUUUGUGACUGUAAAUGGGUGUUUGGGUGUAAAUGGGUGUUAACAGGGCAAUAAAAUAUUUGAUAAGCCUUAUCUUAAACUUCUCCAAAGUCUCCACUGACAUGGUCUAACAAUAUAGGCUUCAUAAACGCAUAAUUUUUUGAGAUAUCAUCCUCAGAUUUGAACUGAAGCAUGACCAUUGGUUAUAGUUGCAAUAGUAUAUUCACAUAAUUAUGUAUAUUAAUAUUUAAAUAUUAAUAUUUUAUACAUUUAAUAAAUAUAAUCUUAAUAUUUGUUGUUUUUAUUUUUGAGCUUAUAUAUCUCAAUAUUAAUAACAUCUGAUUAAUUUUGAGUUUUAAACUUGAGCCAAAACUCUCAAGCUUUGUAAAUAUAUGUUGGUUAUGUGUCUAUUCAGAAUGACUUAUGAGCAGCAGCCUUUUUAUUUUGGGUAGGCUAUGUCAUGUGCAUUACUUGCCAAAAUUGGGGCUGUCUGGUUAACUCAUAAAUACGUACCAUGGGAUUUUUAUUUUACAAACAUCAGUGUUAUAUAUAUUUUUUUCUUCGGAAGCAGGCGAGAUAAAGGUGCAAGUUUCCAGAGCUGUUUGGCGAAAUCAAAGCGCCAGAGUGGGCGGAGUUUACCCAGUCUAGAACGAUCUAGAAUCUGUGGGGGAAAAAAGCGCGAAAGAGGCAGCACUUGAAUUUCUGACUCGUCGUCAGUGACAGACAAGUUCCGUUAAUUCUCAAAUCUAAAUUUCUUUACACACGGCUUUGUCUUGUAUUUAUUUUGUUUUCGUCUUUGUGUUGAUUUCUUUAACUUUUUUACUGAGAGGAAUUCAGCGACAACGUUUCCGUGAGAGCUCCGACGGAGACGUCUUCGCAGCCGUUAACGUUAAGCUCCGUUAAUAACAGACUAUUACUCAAAUUUACGUUUCUUUAUACACGGAUUUGUCUUGUGGUUGUAAAGUUAUUUAUUUUGUUUUCGUCUUUGUGUUGAUAUCUUUCACUUUUUGCCUGAGAGGAAUUCAGCGAAAACGUUUCCGUGAGAGAUCCGACGGAGACGUUUUCACAGGCUUUAACGUUAAUGUAUUUUUCCCACCCGUGGCCUCUGCCGGAGUUUUCAUCUUGGAAUCGCGGAUCCUUCACAGACUGCUUAUCGGGACUUCCAGAAAAUCAAAGAAUGAGUAAUGGACUCCAUUGAGAAGGCAAUACAGGCCGUGCUACCACAGCUAGAUGAAGCAAAGCUUGAAACUUUAGUCAAUGAGUUGGUGAAAGUAGGUGUUGAAGGACCAGAUGAUCUGCAGUUUAUUCAAGAAGAUGACAUCAAACAUCUGCUUACACCCAUUCAGUGCAGAAAAAUUAUUCAUUCCUUGAAAGUGUGUAAUGCAGGUCCUUCCAAUCCCCAGCUGAUCCCUUCAUCGUCUGAGCCACUGUCAGUUGCCUAUUCCAGCACAUGCCCCAUAUCAUCUGUAAGCACCAUCUCUGCAUGGGUGAACAGUUUUGAGGUGCCAUGGAACAAAGUGAGGCUGACUCUUAGAAGAGCAGUAGAUGCUGGUGAGAGGCCAGCUCCGGAUGACCGCAGACACUUGAUAAAAGUCACUGUUGAUGCGAUGAGAGAGCGUUCCUUGAACCCUACUCGCAGAGAGUGUGUGGUAGUGGCUAAAGCUAUAACUCAAAAAUAUCCAAAUAGCUUUUUAGACAAAAAUGAAGAGGGGGACCUAAUUGGAUGUGGGUAUUUCAGCAUUAUAAAUCAGCUCAAAACCAGAGUAGAAUAUUUGAAUCGAGGCAACUCUCUUUCCCGUCUGAGGAAGCACAAACGCACCCAGAGAGAUGAUGAGGAUGGUGAUGAUGACCAGCCAGCAGUAGCUACAUGUGCAAGAAUCGACAGUUAUGGGUGUGUUCGUUGGCAGCCAGCGGACUAUCCAGAUGGGGAAACAUCAGCAUCAUUAGAGGAAAAGAAGCUUGAGAUGAUUGAUAUAUUCAGCCGAGAGGGACUAAAGGGCGCUGAGAGAGGAAGGGUAGAAGACCUAAUGGCAAUCACUUAUGCCAAACAGCGGGAAUACAUCAACGCAAAGCCUUCCCCAAGCAUUCUGAAUGUGGGUAAAGAGUGGCCAUUUCUCUUUUCACAGAAGUUUUUAUUGUCACACUUCACCACUCUCACCAAUGUUGAACUAUACACAAGACUGAAUGAAGAUAUGGACAAAAAGGGUAAAAGACUCCUGGAUUUCUUCAGUAGUCAGAUUACAAAGUGGAGGAAAGAAGUAAGAGCUGUUCUGAAGGAAGCCAUAAAGAAAGGCCGAGAAGGAUCUGAUGGCCUAGCAGCGAUGCUUGUGAUGUUGGCACACUUCAAAGAGCAAGAGGAGUCACUUUUUCUCAUUGCUGAUGAGACUACCACUCCCGCAGACGCAGAGGCCCAGCUGUCUCUCCCAGUCACUCCAAGGAUCAUCAUGCUCGGAGAGACAAUCCUGACUGCAAAAAAAUGGAUGCUGUCGAUCGAGGGGAGGGUCGUAAUCCCACCUGGUGCUCACAUGGCAGACUUCACCACUGCCUUGGCCGCUCUUUUCGCCUGUUACUAUGUAUUCAAGCUAGAGUAUCAGGUGGAAGCCAGCACAACACUGGAGUUUGUUCAGAGGUUUUUAGUCAGGAUUAAUCCUGACUCCAACAAGUGCACUGCCAAGGAGCAGAUGAGCAAGACGACUGGGAGAGUGGUGAAGCGGAAGACUUCAUACAUGAACCCCCAUGUCAUGUCCUUCAUCAGGGACUUCACGGAGUUCUAUUUGCUAACUGACUAGAUACAGGGCUCCAACUAGGAUUCUAGGUCUCCAAGGUCAGGGCAUGCAAGAGGCCAUAUAGUGGCAGGGGAAGUUUAUUUUCCUUUCUGUUUUAAAUGUUCAUGCAAAUGUUAAAUAUUUAAUUUUUUUUUAAUGUUCAAUAUUUUAUUUUAUUUCAGUAUUGCCAUAGUGUUAUUUAUUACUCUUUAGAAUGUGGUAAUAAUCAGUUAUUUGCACAGCUUCAAAGUAGUUAAAUUUUUUGACCGUGUUGUAUCAAUUUGCGUUAUUGUUCUGCCAUAGCAACCAGUCAUGUGGAAUUAGUGAAUGAACUUGAAAUGAAAUAGCCUCAUUUUGUAAAAUUUUCUUAAGUCAGUAAUUAAAUUUAGCAACAGUAGAAUACGCAGAUAAUAGACUUCACGCCAUUAAAAAUUACAAACACAGAAUGUUCGUUAACUUUGGAUGGCAUAAUGGCAUGUUGUCCAAUGUCAAUUAUCCCUUUAUGUUGUACCUGUUUUGUCAUUCCUGUUCACCAAAUGUUUUUAAAUAAAUAACUGUUAACAAUUUUCUUAUUGUCUGCAGUUGAUUGCAGGGUUUUAGAAUAUGGGUGAUUCUUUUAAU